AUGUUUAAAGGCAACACAAGAAGGAUGAAACGCUACGCAAAGGGUGACAGUGAGAAGGAAGUCAAGAGGCAAAAGCUUCUUGAACAGAUUGGUGAUUCAAAGCUUCCAUAUGUUACUCCAAAAGAUGAAACAUUCUAUCAGCUGUGGAAGACCAAGUAUGCAAAAUUAGCAAUCCAUGAAGCUCCAGAAACUCCAGCAGAGUUGCAUCAGAAUGUCCAGAAGGCAUUUUUAUUGUUACUUCAACAUGGCUGUCUGUUUCAAGAUCUUGUGCGGCUGAAAGGUAAAGAUGUGCUUACUCCCGUUUCCCGUAUUCUGAUUGGACAGCCUGGAUGCACCUACAGAUACUUAAACACACGGCUGUUCGCUGUGCCAUGGCCUGAUGAUAAACACAGUAUCAUGUAUAACACAGAAGAACUUGCAGAUGCCUGUAACGCAUUCUCUGAGCUGAAUAAAUUUCUGUAUAACCAGACAAGACUUAAAUUACAACAGUAUGAAACAGAUGCACAAUGUUCUAGUGUUUCACCACAGCAGAUAUCCUUGGAAAAUGAUAGUGAAACUAAUCAAGAUGAAAUGCAUCCUUAUAAUGUGACCUUGAUUAACUACAUGAACCCACAUAACAUGUUCUACCUUAAGGAGGAACCAUAUUUUGGCAUGGGACAAAUGGCAGUGAGCUGGCACCAUGAUGAAAAUCUACUAGAUGAAUCCACUGUUGCAGUCUACAGCUACAGUUACCAAGAUUGUGCUUCUGAAAUAUUUGAAGAUGAAAAAGCUUUAUCUAAUUGGCAUGUAGGUUUGAAGAUAGCCUGGGAUAUUGAAACUCCAGGUCUUGCUUUACCUUUAAAUCCUGGUGAUAGUUACUUCAUGCUAGGUGACCUGAACAAAACCCAUCAGCACUGUGUAAUUGCUGGAUCACAGCCUCGUUUCAGCUCCACGCACAGAGUAGCCGAGUGUUCUGAAGGUACACUAAAUUAUAUAAAAGCAAGAUGUCAAACUGCUCUUAAUAAUCUUUUGGUGAUUCCCAGUACUGGAGAGAAAGAGUUGAAGUCAUUAGAAGUGGACAUUUUACAACAAGCAGAGAAGAUUCACAAUGAGGUUGAGUUUGAGUGGCUGCGUCAAUUCUGGUUUCAAGGAAAGCGAUAUACUAAAUGCAGCAAUUUCUGGAUAAAAGCGAUGACUGAUCUGGAAGAUGAUUGGAGGCAGAUGGAAACCAUGAGCAGCCUUAUGCUAAAAGGAGUUGUAAAACAGACUUGGACACAGGAGGUCAGGUGCAAUAUAGUGAAUUCAAUCUUUCCAUUACUUUCUGAAAGACAGGACCUACGACGUGAGUGGAGUGAAAGGUGCAGAUGCAAAUUAGCAAAGUCAUUACCAGUGGACCAGAGGCCUCAGUGCUAUCCAUAUUGGGAAGAGGAUGAUCCAUCUAUGCCAAUGCCUUUUGACCUAAGCAAAAUAUUGUCGGAAUUAGAACAUUUGAUCAAAGAAAUGGACUGAUAAGAAAUGCUUGUGUUCCUCACAGAUUUUUAUUUUAACAAGCAAAUAA